GCAGCAACAGGUUCUCGCAUGGAAAGUGACGAGGUGAUGAGGCAAAUUGAGACGACGAGUACUUUAGCCGUGCGGUGCUGGAUUGCAUGGCCAGUUGUCAGCCGGAUACCAUGCGGAAUAGUAGCAAAACAGCACUCGGCAGAUCAGCUUGGGGUUUCCGGCCCUAAAUUCUUUCCAAGACGACGAGGCGACCCCCGUCCUGCUGCGACCACGUCCUCCAAAUUGCAUUGUUUAUUUUUUCUCGUUGUCCUCGUGAUGAGUGCUUCCCCAAGUCAGGAUCGAGUGGCUUUAGAAGGAAGAAACCCACAAAUUGCAUGUCGCAUGCAACUAUGCAAAAGAAAAUUAACAAGUGACGUUAUUAUGACGAAAAAUAGUUGAGAACAGGUAGAUAAACUACGAGUUGGCUGUCAAUAAUAAUUUGAUGGGUUGUUGGAAGAAUACCACAUUCAUCGUCAUCGACUGGAUCCAUCAUCUCUCCGCGUUGGCAAAUUCCUCGGAUUCUUCAGACAAUAAGAUACACUCGAGAAGACCAAGAAUAUUAGUCAAUGCGGUGAUUCUUCUCGAUCUUGGAUUUGUUUCGAGCAUUUCCUUUUAGAGUGCCGAACAAGACGAACAGUCUCGGCCCAAUCAUAAAUACUUAAGUCCUACAAAUUCUACGCACAACAAGACCUGGGUCGUCCGGCGAUAUAAUUCCAGAGGAGACUACGCUGACAUGCACCCUUCGCAAAAUCCGCGCAAAAAGAAGGAUAAUCCUCCUCCUCCGUCCGUCCGUCGUUAUCAUGCACCGUCGCCGCCUCGUUUGCUCUCGACAACAGGUUCGACCACGUUGGAGGAGAUGAUUGACGAAGUCCUGCUCGGACAUGAUGGCGAAAUCAGGGAUGACCAAGGUUUCCAGCUGGAAGCACUCCUAAAUUCCCCUCCUCCGAGUAGUGCUGAUUUGCGACGCCCAACUGCAGAGUUACGACGCUUUGAUGAGCGAGACUACCAAUCCCAUCGUCGGGAGAGUUUUCCCCACACGCAUCAACCACUCCGCCAUCACGCCCAUGUCCAGAGGAGACGGACAACUUCCUCCUCCACGACGACGACGACGACGACGACAAAGGGGUCGGACACCACCGCCACUGGAACCAAUUUUAAAUUGGAAGCGUUUGUGAGUCGCCCAGUCUUUGGGAGUCCUGUCCCAUUCGUCCACGACCUUUCUGGGAGGACCAACUCGCCUCCGAAAAAGGUGCAAUUUGAGAUUGGUGGUGCCUCACUCCUCAAUCAGGAAGAGCAGCAACAAUCUCAUGAGGAGAAGAAGAAGCACAAGAAACAUCAUCAUCACCACCACAGUCACGGUCGCCGACUAAACGGGAGUGACCGUUUUGCCCAGCCUGAACUCGAAGCUGGCAUGGAUGAUCUGGACCAGGAGAAUCUGUCCACUCAUCGGUUUACUGACAACAAAGGGUAUCAAAGGCAUAAGAUUUCCUCCAAAUUCUCGGAUGAUCUGCUGGACACAUCUGCCGCAAUGUCUCUGAAACCUGUGAGAUAUGACCACCAGCCCCACGAGAUAUUUGUGGAGCUGGACGUCUUGUCCGGUCAGGGUGAGCAUCGACAGUGGAAGGAGGCGGCUCGAUGGAUCAAGUACGAAGAAGACGUUCUGGAAGGGUCGGACCGGUGGGGAAGACCUCACGUUGCGUCCUUAAGCUUCCACUCGCUCAUCAAUCUGCGCCAACUAAUUGAAUCCGGAGUGACUCUGCUUGACUUACAAGAAAGGGACCUGCCUGGGGUAGCAUACCGCGCAGUGGAGGCCUUUGUCCUGAAGGAACUCAUUCGCCCAGAGGAGAAAGCCUUUGUCAUGAGGAACAUCCUUUUGAAACACAAGCACGUCAAUGAGAACGACAGCCCAUGGAAGUUUAACUUGCGGAGGAAUACGACGGCCAACGGCAGUCUCACCAGUCUGCACGCCAUGAUGGAGCAAGACAAGCUCCGUCACAAUCACCAUCGCGCCCUGAUGGCCUCACCAAACAGCAACACGGUACCGGACGGUCUGGUGAAUGGUGCGGGUGGUGGAAUGGUUGCUGCAGUGGCUGGAAAGAUGGCACGUAGAAAUAGUGCUGCAUCCAGACUGACCUGUCAGGAUUACCAGCAGGAGGAUCUCCACCAUGAGCGGAUUCUGAUUGAUGAAGACUCUGCCAUAUCCCCACUUAGCACUCAUCCAUCGGACGACCUGAUGACCCAGUUAUCUCUCAACAACAUGACCGAGGAGGAUGUCAAGUGGGUUUUGAACAAGGAGAACCUCUUGCGGCGAAUUCCUGUCGGGGCAGAAGCUUCCAUCGUGCUCGUGGGGAAAGAUGACAAGUUGGAGCGACCCAUCAUGGCGUUUAUUCGACUUGCAGAAAGUUCCUACAUGCCAAAUAUCACAGAGGUCCCAAUUCCUGUGCGGUUCAUUUACGUUGUGUUGGGCCCCAGCUCCUUUGACCUGGACUACAAAGAAAUUGGCCGCUCCAUUUCGACCCUCAUGUCCAACACGCAUUUUCACGAAAUCGCGUACAAAGCACACGACCGGCGCGAUAUGCUCAAAGGUAUUCACGACUUUCUGGACGAAUCCAUCGUGUUGCCCCCGGGGGACUGGGACAACGAACUUUUCCCCUUCGAAGAGAUGAAGGAGAAGCGGGACGCGCUGCGUAGACGGAAGGAAUCGAAACGCCGUCAGAGUAGCAUUCGAACGCAAGGGGUUGGACUUUUGGAGGACGACAAGGGGGCUGAAGGUUGUGGUUUUGGAGAACCACCCGAGGACCACCGCCGCCCCAGCAAGGACCAUCACGACAACCCUUUCAAGCGAACUUCGAGGCUCUUUGGUGGCAUGAUGAAUGAUGCGAGGCGACGCUACAAACGCUACUGGUCUGACCUCAAGGACGGUCUCAAUUUCCAAACGUUGGCAUCAGUUGUCUUCAUAUACUUUGCCUGCUUGUCUGGGGCCAUUGCUAUUGGUGGCAUUCUCAGUGACAGAACGGAUAAGCACAUUGGAAUCUCGGAGACUUUGGUAGCUACCUCGGUAUCCGGCUUGAUUUUCUCUCUCAUGUCUGGCCAGCCCCUCGUAAUUCUCGGCACGACGGGUCCGCUACUUCUUUUUGAUGAAAGUUUGUACAAAAUUUGCAAGCAGAACGAUGUAGAUUUUCUCGCCUUCCGCUUUUGGAUCGGACUUUGGGUCGUCAUGAUUGGAAUGUUUGUCGUGUCGUUCGACGGGAGUGUCAUAGCCAGAUUUUUUAGUCGUUUUGUCCAGGAAAUAUUUGCCUCGCUUAUUUCCAUUAUGUUCAUCUCCGAGGCCAUCGAAAAUAUUGUCAAGGUUUACACAGAUCACCCAGUUCAACAAUCAUAUGGAAACAGAUCAGCGGGUUCGUCGCCCUCUCCCAACACUGCCUUGCUGUCCACAUUGCUAACCUUUGGCACAUUUGGGAUAGCCUACACCCUACGAGCUGCCCGAACGUCCACCUACUUCACACUCGGCAUCCGAAAGUUCCUGGGGAAUUUUGCAGUGCCCAUCGCCAUCGCGUUGAUGGUGGGGAUUGACUAUAGUCUCAUGGAAAGGGCUACCACAAAAAAACUGGAGGUGCCCGAUGGGUUGAAAAAUUCGAAGCCACGAUCAUCCUGGAUGGUGGACGUUAGCCCAAUUCCUUGGCACAUGGCUUUCCUCGCUAUAGUCCCAGCCACAUUGGUCUUCAUACUCAUGUUCAUGGAGACUUGCAUCUGUGCCUUAAUCAUUGGGAAGAAGGAGAACAAGUUACAAAAGGGCGGAGGCUAUCAUCUCGACAUUUUUCUUAUCUGUGUCAUCAACGGUGGGCUGGCAUGUAUUGGGGGCUGUUGGGUUUGUGCAGCCACCGUCCGUGCCGUGGCCCACGCAUCGAGCCUCAUCGUAUUUUCUACAAAUAAUCCUCCUGGAGAGAAGCCUUCCAUUGUGGGGGUAAAGGAGCAACGCGUGUCCAACUUUAUCAUCUCAAUCCUCGUGGGCUUGUCUGUAUUCGUGUCACCCAUUUUGAUGUAUAUUCCCAUGGCCGUCCUUUUCGGAGUGUUUCUGUACAUGGGAAUCUCUUCCAUGGCUGGAAUCCAGUUUUUCGAACGAUGCUCUCUCUUGUUCAAGCAAGUAAACAAUCAUCCGCAGGUGCCCUACGUUCAACGUGUCAAGACGAGUAAAAUGCACUUGUUCACGGUCAUACAGGUUCUUUGCCUGGCCACCUUGUUGGGGGUGAGGCAGACGUCGGCUGCACUCGCCAUACCAUUUCUGCUCAUCCUUCUCGUCCCUUUGAGACUCUUUGGACUUGAGCGACUGUUCAAACCGUCGGAACUGCAAGCGUUGGAUGAAAGUGGCGAGGAUGUCCCAGAAGAUGAUAACAGUAGUUGUGGCAAGAGGAUGUCCAUGGACAAACUUCCUCUCAACGUCAAUAGUGACAACCUUACCUUUUCGGACGAUCUAUACAAGGAAGAACAGGCCUCUGCUACUCUGAACUUUAUCGACCUUGGCAUGACCGUUGAUCCACCCAACAAACCAAGCAACGGGGUCGUCCAGCAAAAUGGGAUGCAAAACAACACCAAGGAAUGAUCCAUUCAUCGGGAGCAAAAAUAUAACAAAAAUAAAACACAAACGUUCAGAGAAUGUAUUUUAUAUACAUAGUAUCAAAUAAGAAGACCACAGUAUGAGGAGAACAAUACGACGAGGGCAUUUGUGCCAGGGAAUGCAUAUAAUAUGGUUAUAAUAUGGUUAUAAUAUAGUUAUAUGCAUAUAAUGCAUAUAAUUGCAUAUAAUAAUUGUAAUAUUAAUAUACAUCCAGACGGAAAGGUUAUCGCGAAAAAUAAUGAGGAUAACUUGGUGUUCUUUGUUCUUUUAUACAUAUAAAUGUACAUAUUUAUUUUAAGGAAAUACAUGCGUUGACACUCACAAAAAAGA